GUGCGCGAGACUUUAGAUUUGCGUUUUAAGUUCGUUGUUCCUCCCGUUUGCGCACACUAACGCCUACUUUUGUCCUCGGCAAUUGAAACAUGAAACGAUACGUGCGCUCGAUCUCCACGUGCACGAUUCUCAAGUUCGUAAACGCGUCAGGGGGCUCGGAAAUCGGAAAUAACCGAUGAUAAAAUGCGCGGAGUAGUGCGGUGGUUAGGAGCGGAGAGUGUUGGUGGCAGCAGCGCCACGCGAAGUUAGGCACAGAGGGGUGGUUACUCCGAGAAGGCGCGCGCGCACUCCGAUAGACGGAGCGAGACGGCGGCGGUGCGCGCCGCGAUUCAGAUCGAGUGCGACGAGGAUCGCGAGUGGGUCGCGGAGUUGCGCGAGCGGGAUCGAGAGUGGCCGAGACGUGGCGGGAGCGAGAGGUCCUGGUGCGCGAGCGAGAGCGAGAGGGUAGGGCGCGCGCGAGCGUAGCGGCGAGGAAGAGGUAGGCGGUGAGUUUGUUUAUCGCCUUGGUGAACGGCGAGAGCAGUCAGUGCGCGGUGCUACGCUCGAUGCGUUACACCUAGUGGUGACGGUACGGAACGCGGGCGCGUUCGGGGUAGCUGCUGUCGGACGGGAAAUUCGGUCGCGUUUUUCUCUCUUUCCCUCUCUCUGUCUCUCUUUCUCUCUCUCUCUCUCUCUCUUCCUCUCUCUUUUUCUCCUUCCCCGUACGGACGAACAGCGCGAGUGCCGUUCCCUCUCAUCGGUUCUCUACGCACGUGCGACGCAAUUUGAUCGUCUUCCCGACGUCAGGAGGGGCAGUUGGUUGGGUAAUCGUGCCGGAAGGACAUGUCGUGGUGCACUGCCAAGAGAUAGUAAAGGCUUUUUCCGCAUUAUCGUGCGUCGAUCUGGUGACAUUCGCGCGUCCCCGAGAGAUUCGUCAGCGGUCUUUCUCUGCUUUCCCACUCGCACGAAAAAUCUGUCAUCGGCUACGUGGAAACGAGCAUUCGCUGCAUCGGGAUAAGACCAAGCCCGUCUCGUCGGCGACGACGACGAGCAAAACCCACGGUGCAGUGUCGUCCCGUCCUCGCCGUGACACGACUUCAUCCGUCGUCGGCGACGUGCACGUCACACGCGUCGCUUCCGGCCACGCUCCCGAGAGAAGAGUGCGCGCGGAUCCGAUGCGAGACCCGCGAAUUUCAUAGAUCGUCGAGACGAGGACUCACGUGGUGUCGGUCGUCAUUCCGCUCGUCGGUCGCGAGACAACGCGAAAUCGUCCGCGAACGCCACGCGAACGCUCUCCAGCGCCGCAGAUAUUAUCGGAGAUACCGCCCGCAUCAGCAACCGUAGAACUCGUCGUCACUCGCCGUCGACGAGAUGAUCUUCAGAGUGACGUUAUUGAUUGUGUGCGCGCUGCUGGCCGGCGUGAUAUCCGAACCGAGACCGCGACCGCGACCAGUGCCGAUCUAUUCGAAUCAGUUCGCCGUUUACGUGCCCAGUGGACUGGAGGCCGCCGACGAGAUCGCCCAGGAACACGGAUUCGACAACCAUGGCCAGAUCGGCGCUCUGAAAAAUUACUACCUCUUCUCUCAUAAGCGACUGCACAAGAGGUCCCUCACUGUGAGCGAACCGCAUCACAAGGCGCUCAGAGAUGAACCGCGGGUGCACUGGUUCCAGCAGCAGCACGAGAAGAAACGCAAGAAGCGCGACUUCGGCGCAGCAUCUUACGCAUUCUCCGAUUAUCAACCCUUCUUCAGCGAAUUCGGACCGCGUCCGCGACAGGUCUCCGCGUUCCAUCGCCAAAGGAACCGGGGUGUGCCGCUCCAAAAUCUGUUCACGGAUCCGCUCUUCAAGGAGCAAUGGUACCUGAACGGCGGUGCCAAGGACGGCUAUGACAUGAAUCUCGGCCCGGCCUGGCAGAAAGGCUACACCGGCAAGGGUGUCGUCGUUUCGAUCCUGGACGACGGUAUCCAGACCAACCAUCCCGAUCUAGCGCUCAAUUACGAUCACCAGGCCAGCACGGACAUCAACGAUAACGACGACGAUCCGAUGCCGAGGGACAAUGGCGAUAACAAGCACGGUACCCGAUGCGCCGGCGAAGUUGCUGCCGUUGCCUUUAAUCAGAUCUGCGGCGUCGGUGUAGCUUAUAAUUCCAGCAUCGGAGGCGUGCGAAUGCUCGAUGGCCCGGUAAACGACGCCGUCGAGGCCAGAGCACUGGGAUUGAAUCCUGAUCACAUCGACAUAUACAGCGCCUCCUGGGGUCCCGAGGACGACGGCAAGACCGUCGACGGUCCGGGCCCUCUCGCCAGGAGGGCGUUUAUUUACGGAGUGACGAGCGGGCGUAAGGGCAAGGGCUCGAUCUUCGUAUGGGCGUCCGGUAACGGCGGUCGACACACCGACUCGUGCAACUGCGAUGGCUACACGAACAGCAUUUUCACAUUGUCGAUCUCGAGCGCGACCCAGGGUGGCUACAAGCCUUGGUAUCUGGAGGAAUGCAGUUCCACCCUGGCAUCCACAUACUCGUCAGGCACCCCCGGCAACGACAAGAGCGUCGCUACCGUGGAUAUGGACGCCAAGUUGCGUCCCGAUCACAUCUGCACGGUGGAGCACACCGGAACAUCCGCCUCGGCGCCGUUGGCCGCUGGCAUCGCCGCUCUCGCCCUCGAGGCGAACCCCAGCUUAACGUGGCGAGAUAUGCAGUACCUGGUGGUGCUCACCUCAAGAUCCGAACCGUUGAACAACGAGCCCGGUUGGAUAUUGAAUGGCGUGAAGAGGAAGGUCUCGCAUAAGUUUGGAUACGGUCUGAUGGAUGCCGGUGCCAUGGUCAGCUUGGCCGAACAGUGGACCAAUGUGCCACCCCAGCAUAUAUGCAAAUCCGAUGAGAUCAACGAGGAGAGACCGAUCGAUCCUACGUACGGGUAUACUUUGAGCGUAUAUAUGGACGUCACCGGAUGUGCUGGUUCCUUGAAUGAAGUACGGUUCCUGGAGCACGUACAGUGUAAGGUUUCCUUGAGGUUCUUCCCUCGAGGAAAUUUGAGGCUGCUGCUGACUUCGCCGAUGGGCACAACGUCGACUCUAUUGUUUGAACGACCACGCGAUGUUCUCAGUUCCAACUUCGACGAAUGGCCCUUCCUCAGCGUGCACUUCUGGGGUGAAAAGGCAGACGGUCGAUGGACCCUGCAGAUUAUUAAUGCUGGGAAUCGACACGUUAAUUCGCCAGGCAUCCUAAAGAAGUGGCAGCUGAUCUUCUACGGCACAUCGACGAACCCGAUCCGCAUACGCACGCGACAAUUUAACCCGGUACAUUCUGCCUACAUUUCCUCCCAUUCCGUGCGUUAUCCGUUCACGGUAGACGAUCCGCUACAACUGUCCGGCUAUCCGGGCAAUAGCGACUUCUUUUCUGCGUCUACCUUUCAGAGUUACCAAGGUCCGUACGCUGGCGCCGCGUCGAACAUACAGGCGUCUGUGGCCACCCUGGACGGCUCGUCGGCGUCGCUUCUAACGAACCGCUUGCCUGGUGAUGUCUCAUCGGCCUCCGCGUUUGAUUCACCUUCGAUGGCGUCGUCCGCUCAAGCGGAUGGCACUCUCGACACUGCCAGGAGAAUACUGCACGACUGCGAUCCUCAGUGCGACGCGCAGGGCUGCUACGGCAAAGGUCCGACGCAGUGCGUCGCUUGUAAAAAUUAUCGCCUUGACAACACGUGCGUUAGUCGUUGCCCGCCGAGAAGUUUUCCCAACCAGGGCGGCGUGUGUUGGCCAUGCCACGAGUCCUGUGAGAUUUGCGCAGGUGCCGGACAGGACUCCUGUCUCUCGUGCGCUCCUGCACACCUUCGCGUCACCGAUUUAGCAGUCUGUCUUCAGCAAUGUCCGGAGGGCUAUUACGAAAACACAGAGAACAGCACGUGCGUGCCGUGCGAAGCCAACUGCGCUAGUUGUCAGGAUAGACCAGACAAAUGUACCAGUUGCGAGCACCACUUGGUGAUGCACGAGAACAAGUGCUACGCCGCGUGUCCAUCAUACACGUACGAGACCCAGGACUACAACUGUGCACCGUGCCAUCCCACCUGCGAGAGCUGCAACGGUACGGCGGAGGAUCAGUGCAUUGCCUGCCGAUCCGGGCUGUUCGCUUUGAACGGCACGUGUCGUGCUUCGUGUCCGGUCGGCUACAGCGCUGACAAGAAGCGGCACGAGUGCGUGGCGUGCCCUCCCGGUUGCGCGAGCUGCGCUAUGCAAAGCUGCACCAGCUGCAUCGACGGCUGGAGCCUGAACAAGAAAGGCCUCUGCGCGCCUGAGACUCGCAGCAACUGCGACUCGGGCCAGUACUACGAAAGUGGCCAGUGCAAAUCGUGUCACUCAUCCUGCGAGACCUGCGCCGGCCCCUUGGAGGACCAUUGCAUAUCCUGCACGAGCCCACUGCUGCUCCAAGGCAAACGCUGCGUCUCCCAGUGCGACGACGCGUAUUAUUCCGUGUUAGUACAACCCUCGCGACCAGUUUGCGUUCCUUGCCUGCACACUUGCAAGAGCUGCGUCUCCCGUCUCAAUUGCACCGCCUGCCAGGAUGGGCUGCAGCUGCAGAGCGGAGAAUGUAGAUCGUCCUGCGCGCCAGGUUAUUACAGCGACAGGGGCCAGUGCGCCAAAUGUUAUUUGUCAUGCAAGACGUGCUCGGGACCCAGAAGAGAUCAGUGCGUCACCUGUCCGAAAGGCUGGCAGCUGGCGGCCGGCGAAUGCCACCCCGAAUGUCCGGAAGGUUUCUUCAAGUCCAACUUCGGCUGUCAGAAGUGUCAUCACUAUUGCCGCACGUGCAAAGGCGAAGGGCCGUUAGAGUGCACUUCUUGUCCACCUCACUCAAUGUUGGAGGGCGGUCUAUGUAUGGAGUGCCUGGGCGCGCAAUACUACGAUCCGCUGACCCAGCUCUGCAAGAGUUGUCACCUCGAUUGCCGAAGGUGCACCGGCCCCGGCAAGUUCAGCUGCGCCGCGUGCUCGCCACCACUGCAUUUGGACAAGUUGAACAACCAGUGCGUGCCUUGCUGUACGGGCAACGAGAAGGGGGCGCAAGCGGAAGAGUGUUGCCUCUGUGAUCCGGAAACCGGUGGCUGCAGGAACAGUUCGCCGGCUGGUAAGAGGAGAGUACCGGGAACCGAGUUUUCGGCCGACACGGUCUCUGAAUCGUACGAUAACUACGGCAAAUCGAAUAGCAACAGUGACUCGGCAUCGCUCGCCGUAACAGCGGCCACGACCAUGGCGGUCGCCAUCUGUUUGGCGUCGGUUGCGUUGUUUGCGACGAUAUUCAUCGCCCUUCAGGCCUGGUCCGGCAGGAGGGAGGCUAAUAUGGGCUACACACAGCUUGCCGUGAAGGUGGAACAGUCCGAGGAUGGGGAGGCCGAUGACGCGACAGAGUUGAUAACCUAGACUUCGUUAGCGACGACGUAGCUAAUGACCGUUUGCCGAAGAGUCGCAGGGAGCUCGACGAGUCUCGAUUGUGAUCGAUUUGCAAGCCAGAAGUUACGUACUCUCGCGUCAGCGAGGUUCCGAAAUAAUCCAGAGCUGGUGCGUGCGUGAUGACGAGGAAAAUGGGGAAAAUGCUGGUGUCCACGUAGCAGGAAGGGGGGAGCGGAAGGAGAAGCAAGAUCGGGAGCAAGCGAAGGGGGAUGAUGAUUCGUCGAAAACGUGAUAGUAGAAGAACUCCGUAGAGUGAUGCAUGAGAACAGCGAGAAAGGGAGGGAGAGAAAGGAAGGAAGCGUGAUUGUCGUUUACUUGGCCGUGGUACGGUCGCGUGAAUGUGCGAAUGUACUGCAAGGGGUGUGUUUUAGCUAGAGAUAUACUUCCCAGCGAAGUCCGUCGCGAAGUACUUUCAACGGCGGACGGUGAUCCGAAAGACACGGUGGAAAAGGGUGAAGGACAUUAUAAAGUGCCUGAUUAGUGACGCCCUUGAUCCCACAACCCUUUCGCAUUUCCCCUCCGACGCUUUCUGUCCCGGAAGUAACGCCGAUCAUCCUCGUCGGUUAUCUCGUUGUCGCGUAGUACACAUCUGUGGGCGAAUAGAAACUUUACAUCAACCGCUUCGCGCGACAGACCGCGUUGCGAGAGAGUCGAGAGUAAUCUAGCUCGUUCGGUAGUAUCCUCAAAUUGUAUCCAUUGACAUAUUAUUUUAUUAUUUUUGUCCUCGUGCAACAUUCUCGACGCGACCGAUGACCAUCGGGUUAUCGAAGGGACGAAGGUGCGUCUCCUUCUUCACCUCUCUUCAGAAAGGCUACAUCCGACAUCCCGUCAGCAACGGUGAAGGGACGUUCAAAGUGGCCUCCGUACAUUAGGCUGAACCACGGACCACGUAAUGGUAAUCGUUAAUCGUGACUUAUGACUGGAUAUUGUUAUAUAUUUGUACAAAUGAUAAUAGUAACGAGUGACCGAACAAAGGGGGGUAAUCGCAAGAAUCAGGAGGAAGAAGCUGUAGCGAGAUGACAAAGAGGAAGGAGGACGAGGCAAAGAGCUAAUAAAGAAAAAAAGAAGAAUGGAAGAUCCGAAGAUCAAGCUCGGCAGUUGGCUUCGUUCUCUCAUCUCGAGUUUCGAUUAAUCGACAGUUUGCACACCCGAAGGAACCAACGGACUCUUACUCUCGUUGCUACUGCGAUCGCCCGAUUAUCCGACGCGUCUGUGUGACCAUCAGUCUCGUCACAUUCCAGUACCUCCCAACUGACGCAACCCACGCCGUCGAUACGACCAUUGCGUUUUUUUUUGUAAACUGUUUGUUGUUAUUAUUUGAUUGUCUACAACGAUGUUUUGUUUAAUAGCCCACUUUCCGCGUUGUUCUAUUUCCUUAAUUCUCGCUCGUGUCUCGUUCUUUCUGUGUUCCGUUGGAAUUGCACAUGAGAAACUGUUUUAGAGGAAAAAAAACAAAAAGAAAGGAAAAGAAAUAAAAUAUACGUAAGAAUAAAUACGAAGGCAGGAGAGGCAAACCAUACCAUACCAUACGCAACGAUCCGCAGCGAAUCGAUAUUCUCGAAAGCCAUCGCCCACGCCUACUCGUGUGAAUAUUGACUUUCUCCUCGUGAUUUGAUAUAAAGCUAUUAUUGUACUUUUAUGAUGACCGCGAUUAUAAAUAUAUACAUAUAUAUACACCA